CGAGCCUGCCCGGCGGACCGCGCGCGCGCGCUCUGUGUUCUUUGUGCUCGAGCGCAGGUCAGACGCAGAGCUCCGCCGCAGCGCGCGCAGGCCCGGUAGCGCAGCCGCUCUGAGUUUAAGCAAAGCUGUACAUAAUGAUGGACGACCACACAGUACAUCAGGCGGAUCACAUGACCACCAUCGAGGCGCACGCUGUUUCCCAACAGGUCCACGUGUCCACGUAUACAGAGCACAGCAUGCUCAGUGCGGACGAGGACUCGCCUUCGUCCCCUGAUGACGACACGUACGAUGAUUCGGACAUCCUCAACUCAGCAGGAACAGAUGAGGUUACAGCACAUUUGGCAGCCGCAGGUCCAGUCGGCAUGGCCGCCGCCGCCGCUGUAGCCACAGGGAAGAAACGCAAGCGACCACACAUCUUCGAGUCGAACCCGUCGAUACGCAAGAGACAGCAGACUCGGCUGCUCAGGAAGUUAAGAGCAACCCUGGAUGAGUACACAACGCGCGUCGGUCAGCAGGCCAUCGUCCUCUGUAUUUCUCCCUCUAAGCCUAACGCUGUGUUUAAGGUCUUUGGUGCUGCUCCACUCGAGAAUGUGGUCAGAAAGUAUAAAAGUAUGAUUCUGGAGGAUCUGGAGAACGCCCUCGCCGAACACGCACCUCCCGGUGGUGGAGACCUGGGCUCUGAACUACCCCCACUUACCAUCGAUGGCAUCCCCGUGUCUGUGGAUAAGAUGACACAGGCCCAGCUCAGAGCUUUUAUUCCUGAGAUGCUGAAAUACUCGACAGGCCGGGGGAAGCCUGGCUGGGGGAAGGAGAGCUGCAAACCUGUCUGGUGGCCAGAGGACAUUCCCUGGGCCAAUGUGCGAAGUGACGUGCGUACAGAGGACCAGAAACAGAGGGUGUCAUGGACGCAGGCCCUGAGGACGAUUGUGAAGAACUGCUACAAGCAGCAUGGGAGAGAGGACUUACUCUAUGCAUUUGAAGACCAGCAGGUCACACCUCAGCAGGUUGCUGCAGCAGCCACACACAGCAUCGCUCACCUGGUGCCUUCACAAACGGUGGUCCAGACGAUCAGUAACCCUGAUGGAACCGUCUCGCUGAUACAGGUGGGCACUGGGGCGACUGUAGCCACACUUACUGAUGCGUCGGACCUGCCAGGCACCGUUACUGUGGCCCAGGUCAACUAUUCCACAGUGACAGAUGGAGAGGUGGAGCAGAACUGGGCGCUGCAGGGAGGUGAGAUGACCAUUCAGACCACGCAGGCGUCCGAGGCCACGCAGGCGGUGGCGUCUCUAGCUGAGGCUGCUGUCGCAGCGUCCCAAGACAUGCAGCCGGGAGCGACGGUCACCAUGGCGCUCAACAGCGAGGCAGCGGCCCAUGCAGUGGCGACUCUGGCAGAGGCUACACUUCAGGGAGGAGGACAGAUCGUCUUAGCUGGAGAGACAGCAGCUGCAGUUGGAGCUCUCACUGGAGUGCAAGAUGCCAACGGUUUGGUCCAGAUUCCCGUGAGCAUGUAUCAGACCGUAGUCACCAGUUUGGCGCAGGGAAACCGGCCUGUUCAGGUCGCCAUGGCUCCCGUCGCCACGCGCAUCGACAACACUGUAACACUGGAUGGCCAAGCUGUGGAGGUUGUUACCUUAGAACAGUGACUCUCGUGCAAGUACGCUGGGUAAAAACCUGUACCCGACCGUACGUGGAUAUUUUUAACAGGGAAUUAAAAAGUUAUCAAGGAUUCAUGUUUGUUUUUUAGUAGUGUAAUCGCUGUGUUUUGAAUAAGGUUUGGAUUUUUUUGUCCUCUGUGUUUCUAGUCAUAGGAUUAAAAUAGACCAAAUAAAUGGACCAAACUCAGUGCAGCAGCAGACCCUGAAUAAAUGCUUCUCCUUUUGUUUUGUCCUAGCCGAAAACACUUUUUUCAUCUGUUUUAAAUAGCCGAAUUUAUUUCAUCAACACUUUGAUUUCUGAGCGAUGUCUUUGUGCCAUUUUACUUACACUUUUGUUGUCAUAUAAGUCAUUAAUUGUGCUAGUUUGCUUGCCUUGUGAUAGAACUAAUGUAGGCCAGCAGGAAAAAAAAAAUGUACUUGUGUGUUGUUUAUGCAUGUGUCCGAAAAUUACAGAAUCUACAGAAUAUAAAAUAUGUCCCGAAA